AUGACCACCGCCGAAGUCUCGCCGCCGCAGCAGCAAGAGCAGCUUGUUUCCGGUUUGCCGACUUCAAGAGUGAGUCCCAAGACGGUGGACGGCGCCAUCAACGCCCUGCUCAAAUGGAGAAGCGAGAAAUCGAAGACGGAGAAGCCUCAGCUUCUCGAGCAAGACGAGUUCGUCUACCUCGUCGUUACCUUGAAGAAGAUCCCACAGACGAACCGCACGAACGCUUACCGCAUCCGUUUGCCUCACCCUCUCAUCGACACGGCGGAAGAUUCGCCUGAGCUUUGCCUCAUUAUCGACGACAGACCUAAAAGCGGUCUCACGAAGGAGGACGCGAUGAAGAAGAUCAAAUCGGAGAACAUCCCGAUCACCAAGGUACUCAAGCUCUCGAAGCUGAAGGCGAAUUACAGGGCGUACGAAGCGAAGAGGAAGCUCUGCGAUUCCUACGACAUGUUCUUCGCUGACCGGAGAGUGAUUCCUCUGCUUCCGAGGUUGAUCGGGAAGAAGUUUUUCGCGACGAAGAAGCUCCCGGUGCCGUUGGAUUUGAAGCACAAGAACUGGAAGGAGCAGAUGGAGAAGGCUUGUGGAUCUGCCAUGUUCUUCAUGAGGACGGGGACGUGCUGCGUUAUCAAGGUUGGGAAAUUGUCGAUGGAGAGCAACGAGAUUGUGGAGAAUGUGAUGGAGACUUUGAAUGGAGUCGUUGAGAUCUUGCCUAACAAGUGGAAAUACGUUAGGUCUUUGCUUUUGAAGCUCUCCGAGAGCUUGCCGUUGCCUAUUUACCAGGCUGUGCCUGAUUUGAAGCUUAAAAUCGAAGGUUUUGAAGCGGAGAAGAGUGAUGUUGUUGAGGAAGAAAAGGAGGUAGGUGAAAGUGAUGAUGUUGUUGCUGCUGUUGAUGAAAGUAGUGAGAAGAGUAAGGGGAAGAAGAAGAAGGGUAGGAUUCAUGAGGUUAGGUAUAUGGAUAGUGAUGUAACGGAAGUGCUCGAUGAGGAUGAGAUUGGUGCUGAUGUUGAGUUUAGUAACGAGGUUGUUGUUGAGUCUGGCGAUAGUGCGAAGAAGAUGAGGAUGAGGAAGAGGAAGAAGGCGGUCACUGAGGUUGCAGAGGGUGAGAAACCGGUGAAGAAAGUGGCCAACGGGAAGUUGAAAGAGAAGAGCCCGGUUGCUGCGUCAAAGCCGGUAGAGAAGAGCAAGACUGCUGCGUCAAAGCCUGAAAAGAAGAGCAAGGUUGCUGCUUUGAAGCCGGAAGAGAAGAGCAAGGCUGCUGUGUUAAAGCCGGCAGAGAAGAGCAAGGUUGCUGCGUCAAAGCCGGAAACGAAGAGCAAGGUUGCUGCUUUGAAGCCGGAAGAGAAGAGCAAGGCUGCUGCUUUGAAGCCGAAAAUGACAAAGGUAACGAAAGAAGAGUCUGGUGGUGGUUUGAAACAGAGGAAGAAGAGUGUGCUUAAGAAAUGA